GUUCAGGGGAUAAAUGACCUUGUCACGCCAUUUUUAGUUGUUUUCCUAUCAGAAUACCUAGAAGGGGCCAUAGAUAAUUGGUCAAUGUCUGGUUUAUCUUCGGAUCAAAUCUCUAAUGUAGAGGCCGACUGCUAUUGGUGUUUGUCAAAGUUGCUUGAUGGCAUGCAAGAUCAUUAUACAUUUGCUCAACCAGGAAUUCAAAGGCUUGUUUUUAAGUUGAAGGAAUUGGUCAGGAGGAUUGACGAUCCUGUUUCAAGCCAUAUGGAGGAGCAAGGACUGGAGUUUCUUCAAUUUGCUUUCCGCUGGUUCAACUGUCUUCUAAUUCGAGAGGUACCCUUCCAUUUGGUCACACGUCUUUGGGACACGUAUCUAGCUGAAGGAGAUGCCUUACCAGACUUCCUUGUGUAUAUAUUUGCCAGUUUUCUUCUAACGUGGUCAGAGCAGCUCCAGAGGCUUGAUUUCCAAGAAUUGGUUAUGUUCCUUCAACACCUUCCAACAAAGAAUUGGACGCACCAGGAGCUGGAGAUGGUACUUUCUCGUGCGUUUAUGUGGCACAGCAUGUUCAACAGUUGUCCCAGCCAUUUAGCUAACUGAGCAAGGAAGCAGUUGUGAUUUUUCUGUAUUUAGUCACUCAGUUUUCUGGUUCUUUCCUCACUUCACAUCCCAUCUUUUUCCCCUUUAGUGUGAGAUGAACUAAUUUUUUUAACCAAUUUUUACCUGUAUUUUGCCUUGUAAUAUCUUG